AUGGCCGAUAGUGCUUCCGAGUUGGAUCUCGAGUCUGACGCCAGCUCAAUCGACGGUCACACAGGCAGGUGUGAGCAAUUAACGCGACAGGUAGAAUUACUAACUCAACAAAAUCGAAUGCUUAAAACUGAAGUUGAUCAGCUUAACCUCCGAGUUAAAGGCCUGGUGGAAAAAAACGAACAACUUCGUCGAAAUAGUGUUUCUAUUCUAGCACAAGCUGAGCGUGAAGAGGAGUACAUUAGCAAUACAUUGCAGCGUCAAAUUUCUGAGCUCAAGAAGGAUAAAGAAUCUCUCGUUGUAAAAUUUGAGGAGGAAGAAGAAAGGCUUAUUAAUGAGUUAAAUCGCAAGCUUAAUCAGCUGCAAAAGGACAAAGAUAGGCUGGAAAGGACGCUUGCUAAAGAACAGGAAGCUCAGGUAAAUAAGCUAAAGCAUCGAAUUGAAAGACUCGAGAGUGAAAGUGGAUUUAAACAGCAGGUUUUGGAGCGACUCCGACGUGAAAAGGUGGAAUUAGAAAAUGCUCUUGAACAAGAACAGGAGGCUUUAGUCAAUAGGCUGUGGAAAAAAAUGAAAAAGCUAGAGGACGAGAAACGUAUUCUUCAGGUAAACUUAAAAUUUUUAAAUUCACUUAUGGUUUCGUUCAAUUGUUUUUUUAUAAGGCCUAUGGGUUUAGAUAUUUCAAGUAAGUGUAAUGUGGCUUAUAGUAUAUUCGCCUCGUACGAUGGAAACAAAAUUAUUCCAUUUUUCUCGUUUUUUGAGUGUACUGACAAAUUAGAGAGCGUUAGUGCGCCACCUUCAGAAAGUCCCAGCGUCCAGAACAUAUCUGCAGCUCCUAUUUGUACCAACCAACAUCGUCAUUCUGCGGGAGGUUCACUACGUGGCUCUCUUCGCAACACUCCUCUCGGUACUGGUGAUGGAUUGGACGGAUUUGAGUCUGAUCAGGGCACAAGUGGUCAAUUAUCCCGCCAUUCUCUUAGUUGUGGUUGCAGUGGCGCUAGGGGAUCUCUUAACUUCUCUACUAGCCCCCGUCCUCCUCAGAGCCCCAUGGAUUUAGAUGGUAUGUUGAUUUCUCUGUUUAAUAGUACUUAUUUGAAAUAG